AUGCUCAGGACUGCAUCUGAAAUUUAUUUGGUACAAACCAAACCCUUUCUAGCAAUCCACCGGAUUCAACCAUCUAUCAGCACCCUCACCACCAUUUUCACCGUCCCCGUCGCCACCGCCGCCGUUUUACUGACAACAUACCACCAUCCUGCCCUUGAUAAAACCUCACAAUCACCACCGUUUACGGCGAUGAAGGACAUACCGCGUCCGUCUUCGUACGGCUCCGUGUACGUGCCUCCACACCAUCGCCUUCGCUCCGUCGUCACUACCUCUGCCCCUGCCCUUGCCCCUGCCCCUGUCCCUGCCCCUGUCCCUGCCCCUUUACCCGAUAUCUCAUCUACUCCUCAUGCUGUUCUUGACAACAAAACCUCUUUUGUUAGUUCAUCUCAGAGCAAUAUUAACAAUAGGUUUACAGUUCCUUAUCCUUACUUGCCUCCUCACCAAAUUAUGAAAUCUCAGGCCGUUGCCGUCUCUCAAGAAGCCCCCCAUCGCGAAUUCGAUUUCUCUUUCCAUCCUGGUGCUUACACAUCUGAUAUAGAAUCUUGGAAGUGGAAGCUAACAACACUAAUAAACAGCAAGGAUAAACAAGAACUGGUUUCAAGGGAAAAAAAAGACAGGCGUGACUAUGAACAAAUAUCAGCCCUAGCAACUAGCAUGGGUUUGCACAGCCACUUGUAUGCCAAAGUGCUUGUCAUUAGCAAGGUUCCAUUGCCAAACUACCGAUUUGAUCUUGAUGAUAAACGCCCUCAGAGGGAGGUGGCCUUGCCUGAUGGGUUGCAAAAGAGAGUUGAUGCUCAUUUGAAAGAGUAUCUUUCUUUUAAGGCUGAAAAGUUGUCAUCACAAGGCAAGGCUGCCAUUGAGAAACUCCUUUGGAGGAGGAGUGUGCAACUGCAGGCUGAACAACAAGCUUGGCAGGAAUCUUCAGAUGGUUGGAGGAUGCAACAGCUUCGUAAAAAUCUCCCUGCUUACAAAGAGAGAAAUACAAUAUUAAAUGCCAUUUCACAGAAUCAGGUUGUUAUCAUCUCCGGUGAAACCGGUUGUGGGAAAACAACACAGAUUCCUCAGUUUAUUCUAGAAUCAGAGAUUGAUUCUUUUCGUGGGGCCACAUGUAGUAUCAUAUGCACUCAACCUAGACGAAUUUCCACCAUGUCUGUUUCAGAAAGAAUUGCCACAGAGAGAGGCGAAAAAUUGGGUGGAACUGUUGGAUAUAAAGUUCGGUUAGAGGGUAUAAAAGGAAGAGACACUCGCCUUCUGUUUUGCACUACAGGAAUCUUGUUGAGAAGAUUACUUGUUGAUAGAAACCUGAAAGAUGUUACUCAUGUUAUUGUAGAUGAGAUUCAUGAACGUGGCAUGAAUGAAGAUUUUCUGCUUAUUGUUUUGAAAGAAUUACUUCCUAGAAGGCCAGAAUUAAGGCUUGUUUUGAUGAGUGCAACAUUGGAUGCAAAUCUUUUUUCAACCUACUUUGGUGGUGUUCCAGUGGUUCAGAUUCCGGGUUUUACGCACCCUGUGCAUUCCUAUUUUCUUGAAGAUGUUCUGGAAACAACUGGAUACAGAUUGACAGCAGAGAAUCAAAUCGAUGAUUAUGGUCAAGAAAGAACAUGGAAAUCAAAUAAACAAUUUAUUAGAAAAAGGAAAAGCCAAAUUGCUUCAGCUGUUGAGGAGGCACUUGGGUAUGCUGACUUUAGAGGCUAUAGUCCACAAACUCGGGAGUCUAUGUCAUGUUGGAAUCCUGAUUGCAUGGGAUUCAAUCUCAUUGAGUUUCUACUAUUGAGUAUAUGCGGGAGUGAAAAGCCAGGGGCAGUUUUGGUAUUUAUGACUGGAUGGGAUGACAUAAGUUCUUUGAAGGAAAAGUUACAAGCAAAUCAUCUUUUGGGGGAUGCAAAUCGAGUUUUGUUGCUUGCAUGUCAUGGCUCUAUGGCCAGCUCAGAACAGAGACAAAUAUUUGAAAAGCCAGAAAAUGGGGUGAGAAAGAUAGUUUUGGCUACAAAUAUGGCUGAAACAAGUAUCACAAUAGAUGAUGUUGUUUUUGUUAUUGAUUGUGGAAAAGCUAAAGAAACAUCAUAUGAUGCUUUGAAUAAUACCCCUUGUCUCCUUCCUGCUUGGAUAUCAAAAGUUUCUGCUAAACAAAGGCGAGGUCGAGCAGGGCGUGUUCAGCCAGGAGAAUGUUACCAUUUAUACCCUCGAUGUGUCUUCAAUGCUUUUGCAGAAUAUCAGUUGCCUGAAAUAUUGAGAACACCUCUUCAGUCACUUUGUCUUCAAAUUAAAACAUUAAAACUUGGAAGUAUUUCUGAAUUCUUAUCUAAAGCUCUACAAUCACCCGAGUUAUUAGCAGUUCAAAAUGCCAUUGAGUAUCUCAAGAUUAUUGGUGCUUUAGAUGAGAAUGAAGAUCUAACUGUACUUGGUCGUUAUUUGACAAUGCUUCCUGUGGAGCCGAAACUUGGAAAAAUGUUGAUUUUGGGAGCAAUUCUUAAUUGCCUUGAUCCAAUACUCACAGUUGUUGCUGGACUUAGUGUCAGAGAUCCUUUUUUAGCACCUUUAGAUAAAAAAGAACUGGCGGAGGCGGUGAAAGCGCAAUUUUCGCAAGAUCAUAGUGACCAUUUUGCCCUUGUGAGGGCGUAUGAGGGUUGGAAAGUGGCUGAACAUGCACUUGGUGGAUAUGAAUAUUGUUGGAAGAAUUUUCUGUCUGCUCAGUCCAUGAAAGCUAUUGAUUCUUUGAGAAGGGAGUUUUUAUCUUUGCUUAAAGAUACUGGUCUUGUUGAUGGCAAUAUGGUCAUUUUCAAUGCUUGGAGUUAUGAUGAAAAUCUCAUUCGCGCAAUUAUCUGCUACGGCUUGUAUCCCGGAAUUUCCUCCAUUGUCCAUAAUGAAAAGUCGUUCUCGCUAAAAACCAUGGAGGAUGGUCAGGUGCUUUUACACUCGAACUCGGUUAAUUCCCGGGAUUUGAGAAUUCCAUUCCCGUGGUUGGUCUUUAAUGAAAAGAUCAAAGUGAACUCUGUUUUUCUCCGAGAUACAACUGCUGUUUCCGAUUCCGUCCUGCUACUGUUCGGUGGAAGCAUCUCAAAAGGCGAUAUAGAUGGGCACUUGAAAAUGUUGGGAGGAUACUUGGAGUUCUUCAUGGAACCUUCAUUGGCUGAAAUGUAUCUCAACUUAAGAAAAGAGCUCGAUGAGUUAUUCCAGUAUAAACUAUUGAAUCCCAAAUUGGAUUUACACACCCACCACGAGCUUUUAUCCGCUGUGCGCUUACUCCUCCCUGAAGAUCAAUCCAUUGGCAGAUUUGUAUUCAACCGCCAGGUUUUAUACAACAAUUCAAAACCAUACAUCGCGUCUGUACCUCCACCACCACCACCACCACAACAACCACAAACACAACUGCCGCCAGUGUCCAGGGUGGAAAGUGGUCCAGGUGGCGACAAUUCAAAAAGUCAGCUCCAGACACUACUGACCCGGGCAGGGUACCCUGCCCCAAUCUACCGAACAAGCCAGCUGCCAAACAACCAGUUUAGGUCAGUUUGUGAAUUUAAUGGCUUGCAGAUAACAGGCCACCCUUGUCACAACAAGAAACAAGCUGAAAAAGAUGCUGCAGCCGAGGCUAUAGAUCAUCUCAUUGGUGGGACCCACGCGUCAAUGCUUAAGAAAAGCAAGACAAAUCACAACUAGUGUUUUGACUUUUGAGCCGUUGAUGAUGAUUUGGAAAUGGACGGCUGUGAUUUGUUUGAUUGAUUUUUGAUUAUAUUGGAAUCGGUUAGUUUUUGAUUAGGAAUGAUAUGUAUUGUUGUAUAUAUAUAAUGUAAAGAAUUUUUGAGGAGACCAUGUGUAAACCGGUUACCUAAUAAUCAAUGACU